AUGUUUUUUUUUUCUCUUUUAAUUAACCCCUUUUUUUUUUCUUCGUCUCUUCUUUCCAAAUUUGCAUCUCAACUGAUACGAACAGUGACUUUUUCCCUCUUCUUUUCUCUUUUCUCUUUCUAUUUGUGUCUGUGCUUUUCGGGCCUGCCCAUCUGCACUGAUACGACAAGUCUCUUCUUUUUCUUUUUCUUUUUUUUAACUUCCCGCCUAUUUUUCCCCUUUAUAUUUUCGUUGGGAACUGGGCACCUCGAGAAGCCAUUUUUUUUUCCUCUUAUUCUUUCUUCGCUUUCUAUUUUCCAAAUUUCUCUUCCUAUUUUUCAUUUGCUUAUCUACAGGAUUAGGAUUCUUCUUUUUUACUUCUUCUUCCUUUCUGUUUCUUCUUUUCUAUUUGUGCUGUCGUCUGCUUUACGUCAUCGAAUACGAGAAGCCAUUUUUACUCCUAUUUUCGUUCUUUAUUUUCGUAGUUGUCUUUUCCUUUCUUCUGUUUGUCCGUUUGCAUUAAUACUGAGAGUGAUUUUUUUUUACUUCCUCUUCUUCCCUUUCUCUCAUUUAUAUUUCAAUUGUCUUCUUUCCGCCAUCGCAUCUCUUGAUAAUGCACUUUUUUCCUUUACUUUUCUUUAUCAUUUUCAUUUUUUUUCGUUAUCCUUUCUUCUUUCCAAUCUCUUUUUUUAUUCUUUCUGCCAUCGCAUCUGUGGUGACACGGAAAGUCGCUUUCUUUCUUUUCUCAUUGUCUUUAUUCGAUAUUUAAUUUCUCUCAUUUUAUCUCUUUCUUCUUUUUGUUUUCCUUUCCUUGUUGUUCUCUUUCGUUUCUUUUUUAUUUAUCGUAGCAAUCACCUGACAUUUUAUUAA